AUGGAUGAAUCAACAGUCGGCUUACGUUCUACAAAAAUACGACAUAAGGAAAAGAUUCAGGGUUGCACUAAAGGCUGCCGUUUAUUGGAAGAAGCUCUUGAAUCAUCAUGUUCGAUAGCAUGCAACGGCACAGACGACCAAGUGUCAGUCGAAGCAAUGCACUGCGCUCUCGGAUGCAACGAGGCCCUAAGCAAGUACUUUAUCCGUCUCAAAAAGUUUAUAGGUACCCCUGCAGCUCCUGCCUUAGUGGCCAAUUCGUUGACGGCGACCUCGCUGGCUUUGGAGUGGAACGGGACUCCGCUAUCGGUGACCCACGGCGGGCGCCUACUAGCUCAGUGGAGGUACGAGGAGCAGAGCGCGGCCUGGCACUUUUUUCCGCGUGGCCAUCCUGCUGAACUGCCUCCACUGCGAGCCGAUCGUGUCGUCGCCGUCCGUGGUGAUCAGCACUUUGCCGGCCGGACCGCCGCUAAGUCGUCCCUCACGGGUAAUUGCAUCGGCCAUUGGCCCGAGCCGUGUUCUCGUCUAUUGGGAGACUGGCCAGUUCAUAAACGGCCUGAUACUCUCCUAUGUGUUGCAGAUAAAGACUCAAAACUCCGCGAGCGAACUCGAAUAUUCAUCCAUAAAGAUGAUGUCAUUGAUGAACAAUUACUUUUUAUAUUUUCAUCAGAGCGUAAGAUAUUUCGUUUAACUCUAGUCAACUUUAAAGAUUACUCUGUACUUUACGAAUCAAACAAUGCUAGUAUUACAGGAUCGGCAGUCCACAUUUCUAAGUCAUUAUUAUUUAUUUCCGAUUCGAAUGGUUAUAUUCAUAGGAAGCUGAUAAGGAAUAGUUUAUAUGAAAACGAAGAGAAGAGUGAAGUUAUAAUUAGUCCUUUUGGUGCUCAAUUUAAACCUUUCGAUUUAACAAUCGAUUGGCUUAAUGAUCAUCUUUAUAUUUUGGGACAAGUAAAACACGAGGGUAUUGAUGUUUGGCAAAUCGUCCGUAGUAAUUUGAAUGGUCAAUUCCUAAUAGUGGCAGUUGGAGGAAUCAGCCUAAAACCUCGACAGAUUGAUGUGGAUCCAUAUAAUGGUUAUAUUUUCUGGAUAAAUGCAGAAGGACUUUUUCGUCUGGACUUGGCUAACAUCAACAAUGGUGUAAAGCAUGAUAAAAAUCCUGAAUUAAUUCUGAAACGCGAUGAUUUAUAUUCAUUUACCUUAGAUUGUAAAAAAUUUCGACUUCUGGUUCCAAUUCAUGGAGAAAGCGCGGUUAUCAGCAUUUUAUUGGACGGGAGUGCUAAAGAAAACAAAAGAACAAAUAUUAGAAACUCUAAGUUCCAAAAUGUAACGUCCCUGGUAUAUAUAAAUGAGCGUUUUUUCUGGAUUAAUGGUUACGAAAUUUAUUUAGAAGAUUAUCACGAGGAGCAAAAUAUGUAUUUUCAUAAUUCCAUUCCGUUUCCGAAUACUGUCUUCAAGAUAUAUGCCUAUAUAUCAUCUGCUCAACCGACACCAGUACCCGUAAAUCCACCAAUCAGUGCCCAGGCUCUGCUUGGUAUCGACGUCGCCCAAAUUUCUUGGCGUCCACCACAAUCUUUGGCGACUCAGGGCAAAGGAGCUUGGCAAAAGUGGACUUACGAAAUUUUAAUAAUGGAUGAGAAAAGAAAUAUGAGUCACGUCGAAAAAUCCAUUUCUUCGACAGACGUGACAGUGCAUAAUCUUCGUCCUGAUACCGAAUAUCGUGUGAAAGUAGCUGCAUAUACAAUUUCAGGAAGAGGCCCUUGGUCAGGCGAGUUCAUUAGCAAAACACUUCCUCGGCCUUUUGCAAAUCAGGAGAUCAACCUGCUUUGGUCAACUAGGGAAGGCGUGAUGCGUUCCGAUGUAACUGGAAGUAAUCUGAACACCAUUAUAUCGAGUUCGCAACUGUUUGGGAGCCAUGUCACCGAUAUCGACUGGUUUGAAGACGUUUUGUAUCUGGUGUUGAACUCAAGUCGAGUGUAUAUGUAUCAUACAACUGAGAAAAAAUUGACCAGGUAUAGUGACUUGGAGUCGGUUGGAAGCAUUGCAGUGGAUUGGCUUGGCAGAAAAUUAUAUUGGGCUAGUCCUAAUCAGCAGCUGAUAUUUCGAGGAAGUCUUUCAGGUAACCAUCGUGAAUCCUUACCAAUGCUCGCCUUAGCACGAGAAUUAAAAGUGGAUUCUGUAGAAGUCAUCGGGUUGACUUUGACUCAGUCAGUGCGCAGAGUUGUUAUGUGGAUAAUUCGCAGUGAUGAAGGAUCCAUGUUGUAUACAGCGCCUAUGAAUCCAACUGCACCUUUCUUUCGUCCAUUGCAAGGAUCACAACUUCAUGGACCUUUGUGCCAAUUUGGCGAAAGAUUAAUGUGGCUCCGAGAUGACAGUUCAGUGGCCAUGAGUGAUAUUACUGGAAACUAUACAGCAAUCGUUUCUAGUCCAGGUCUGGUUGGAUUGCGUACAGUCAUUGCUAAAGAAACUUCUGCGCGCAUUCUGAGAAAUGGAACGGCUUCCACCAACGACCCAAUCUUCAUUUAUGAAGUUCGCCUGACUGUAAACGAAACUGAAGUAAGAGCUUAUGGAAUAGGAACCUCCAAACAACGAGCUAAGCAUGAAUCGGCAAGAUCGGCCCUUGAGAGGCUAUCGGAAAUGAAUUCACCACCGUCGCAAUUUACCAGCUUUCCUGUAUCGAUCGAUAACAAAGCUUCGCCAGUUGUGUCAUAG